UCGAACCCACGAACCGUGAGCUGAAGUCAGACGCUCAACCGGCUGAGCCACCCAGGCGCCCCUUUUCCUGCCUAACUCUUGUUUAGUGUUUGUGAACACUCUCGCAAGAGCUUUCGAAGCAUACCAGUUGGCGUCCUCCAAGCUGUCCACUGCUCCGUGUAUUUAUUCCCUCCGUUUUCCUCGAAGCCGGUCCCUGUAUUCAAACAGAUCGUUCUGGUGCGUGUGUGGAUUUUCCUCCAAUGUUGCUUUAUCCUUAGUGGCCGUGCAGUGACAACAGGUUAAGUGAACAGGCCUAGGAUGAACCGACCCUCGACCAGGUCCUAGGAAAUCACCUCUGAGCCUUCACAAAGUCUUGCUUGGAAAGAGCCUCUUUGUAGACCGGGAGCCUUGGGCCACUCCAGAUACUUGAUGCUAAUAGCACAGUUGAUGGGACCGCCUCGGGCCACACUGCGUCACUUGGACCACAGGAGGUGCUUUAGUCUGAGGACUAGGGUUAGCCACGUGGGCUGUCCACCCUGCCUCUGUCACGGAGCCCCAAGGAUAAAAACUCCAGACACCCAGGCUCACAUGAGCUUCCCCGGCCGGCACCCCUUCACAUCUGUUGUCACGCGUCAUUGCUGGGAGAAUUAAGCUCUGCCCAUCUGACUCCAUUGCUAAGGGGAAGCUGGAAGCUUCCACCUGGUCUCUCCUAGACUCUGUCCUCCACGCCUUGUACCACUGCAGUGAACCAUCACCAUGGGGAUGACAGCUUCUCUAGGUCCUGUGAGUCCUUGUAGUGGAUCAGUACUCUGAGGGCGGUCCUGGGGGCCCCAGUUCAGUUGUUCACUCACAUCUAUAACUCAAGAGACAACUUGAUGACUUUGGUGCCCUGCACCAGUGCCCAAGGACGAGGCAGACUGUCGGUAGGCUCUGUGGGGCUGGGUGGGGCCAGCUGGGAGCAGCAGGGAGGCUGGGAGCCCUCCAGGUGGCCCACAUCAGGCCAUUUCACUCGGGCUCCUGGAAAGGACCGUGGCUUUUAGCAGCAGCCCAAUACCGCCAGGCCCCCAGCGGGCGCUGGGUGAGGACUUGCUCUCACGGGGGUCCUGGUGGGGACCGGCCUUGGCCCUUCCCCGAAGAAGCGCUGGGUGGAGGAAGGGGGGCAACGAGCCGGGCAGCCGGGAUCCCAGGGCUGCAGACCAGAACCGUUUGGGGGCACGGUGCGGUUGGGGUACCCAGCUCGAAGCCCUCGGACCCGGACCGGUCCCGCUGGGGGCGGGGGGGGGGCAGCGUCGCGGGCGUUCCCUGCCCCCCCCACCCCCACCCCGGGGUUAGGCGCCCCGAGCGGGCGGAAGCAGAGGGGGCGCCGCGAGGCGGCAGAGGCGGCCAUGGGCGCGCGCGUCCGGGCGCUGCUGCUGGCGCAGCUGUUGGUGCGAGCGGGGCUCCGGGGACAGGCCGUUCAGGAUCUGGACCAGCUGUUUCCAGGUAAGGCGCCCGGGACGCGCGCCUCCCCGCGCAGGGCACCUGAGCCGGAGCGCAAGGGGCGCCUCAUCUUUUCCUCUCCCCGCCCAGGUUUCGAGAACUCGUCGUUGCUCACGUGGCCCUGCGGCCGCCGAACCGUUUCGACGACGCGCGUGGUGGGCGGCAAGGACUCGGAGCUGGGGCGCUGGCCGUGGCAGGGCAGUCUGCGCUUGUGGGGCGCCCACCACUGCGGCGCCAGCCUGCUCAACCGCCGCUGGGUGCUGUCGGCCGCGCACUGCUUUGAAAAAACGUUCUUUACAGCAUUCCCGUGCCCUUUUGUGUCGUGUUCUUUUCUGUCUUCUCUUCUCCCCGGAUGGCAGCACCAGCCGCCCCCUCCUCAGCCCACCUCCCCCGGUGCAGGUGCGCCACGGGGUGGACCGAGACACAAAGAUCCCUCGAAGUGGACGGCGCAGUUUGGUGAGCUGUCCUCCAGGCCAACUUUCUGGAAACUGUGGACCUUCUACCAUCGGUACAGGGUGAAGGAUAUCGUCGUGUAUCCCCAGUUCAGUGGGACUUCACUCAAGGACAUCGCCCUGCUGAAGCUGUCCUCCUCCGUCACCUACAAUAAGUACAUCCAGCCCAUCUGUGUUGCGGCCUCUUCCUCUGAGUUCCAGAACAAGGCUGACUGCUGGGUGACUGGCUGGGGGCACAUCGAAGAAGGUCAAGUUCUGCCGCCUCCUUACCGUCUCCAGGAAGCACAGGUGUCCAUCAUAAACAACUCCAGGUGCGACUUCCUGUUCCGACGUCCCGGUUUCCUCACUUAUGACCCGGGUGACAUGAUUUGUGCUGGCUCUGAGAAUGGCCAACGUGACGCCUGCAAACUGUCCCUGCCUCUCCGCCAGCCCCUCACCUGCCCCCUGCCCCGCCAAGCCUGGCUCACCCGCGCCGCUCCCCAGGGUGACUCCGGUGGCCCCUUGGCCUGCGAAAAGAGAGGUGUGUGGAUUCAGGUUGGAAUCGUGAGCUGGGGAUUGGGCUGCGGUAGCCCCAACUGGCCCGGGGUCUACACCAACGUCAGUGCGUAUUUUGACUGGAUCCAGACGCUGAUGGCCCGCGGCGCCCCCAGGCCAGUCCCCUCUCGGCUGCUCCUGCCCCUCGCUGUGCUCUGGGCCGGGCUCCCGCAGCCGGCCUGAGCCCAACGGAGUCCUGAGAGCCGGGGCCAUCUGCUGAGCCAGGCCCCGUCCCCCACCUUGUCCCUUUUCUAAUAAACUCCUUAGCGUGUUGGAA